UAGUAUCCAGUUACCUUUCAGACGUAUCUAAAUUGUUCACUUCAAGCCACAAGCAAUGUCCAAAGAUGAGUUGCCACGUGACGCACAAGUCGUGCAUGCCCUACGCCGUGAGCUCAAUCGCAAUACACGGCGGAUAAGCCAGACAUUUUGGCAGGAGUUCGAGUCGAUUCGCAACCAGCAGCGGGAUCAAUUGGAGCAGGAGCGCAGGAGCCGCGAGAGGAUCACGACAUUGAUGCGUGACACGAAUCUGGAGGCGCAACAACAACUGGAGGCACUCAGUCGCAGCAUCAGCUCUCACGGCAUCAAUCCCGCUGCCCCCUCUCCCCGCAUGCAACGCGAGGUUCCGUCCAUAAUGCCGGCUUCGGAGGAGCAGCCAAUGCCGGAGAGAAAGUCCUCGCCAGGACCGCGUGCCAAGAGUAAUACGAGUAAUGCCAGAGCCACUUUGAAACGCAGGCAACCAACUUCAUCGGUGCAAUUUCCGGCCUCCAUGCCGCAUCUGCCACGUGCCCCGCCCUCCUCCCGUGCCACCAUCGUUCCGAGCAACGCAACUCCCGUGAGAACCUCGACCAGGUCGACUCCCUACACUUCCAAACUGAGACUGGCCGAUAAGCCAAAAAAUGUUAAAAAUUAAAGCAUCAAUUUAUUUAUACACAUUC